UUUAUGUACUUGCACCAAUAUACCCCCAGCAGUAGUAUAAUGUUCAUGCAUAUAUAUUGCUAUAUAUGUAUACACUCCUGACUAUUAAAGUCUCACAAAGCUUGAUAUAGAAGUGAAUAAAAGCGAAGGUGGUGAAUGCAGAUUUAACUCAAGCCGUUGUACAUUACACCAGUACACAAAUUAUCAUGGACACAAUGAAUCAAUCAUCAUGUGUCCCUCCGGGUUUCCGUUUUCAUCCUACAGAUGAAGAACUUGUUGGUUACUAUCUCAGAAAGAAAGUUGCAUCUCAGAAGAUCGAUCUUGAUGUUAUUAGAGACAUCGAUCUUUACCGAAUUGAACCAUGGGAUCUUAUAGAGAGAUGUCGGAUCGGAUAUGAGGAGCAAAACGAGUGGUAUUUCUUCAGUCAUAAGGAUAAAAAGUAUCCAACUGGGACAAGGACAAAUAGAGCAACCAUGGCAGGUUUUUGGAAGGCUACUGGUAGAGACAAAGCUGUGUAUGAAAAACUAAGGCUCAUAGGAAUGAGGAAAACCCUAGUUUUCUAUAAAGGAAGGGCACCAAAUGGACAGAAAACCGAUUGGAUCAUGCACGAGUACAGGCUUGAAUCCGAAGAAAAUGGCCCUCCCCAGGAAGAAGGAUGGGUAGUGUGUCGAGCCUUCAAGAAACGCACAACCGGACAAACAAGAACAACAACUGGAUGGGAUUCGAAUUACUUCCUUGAUGAAUCAAGCCUGAUUACAUCCACCAUGGAUGAUUACACCACAAUUCAGCCUUCUAACCUUCCUUUGACAUCAACUUUCAUGUGCAAGCAAGAGUUGGAAGCAUCAGAAAAUUUGAACUUUGUUCAUUGUGAUCAGUUUAUACAACUCCCACAGCUCGAAAGCCCGUCCCUCCAAUCGAUAAAGCGGCCUAUAAGCUCAAUGUACGGACACGGUCAAGAAGACGUUCAAAUCAGAAAAAGAAACAUAAAUAACAUUAAGAACAAUGAUGAAGUGAGGGAUUGGAGGGAUCUUGAUAAGUUUGUAGCUUCCCAAUUGAGCCAAGAGGAAGAGAUUCGAUGCGUCGGAGAAGGGUUUUCAGCGAAUUUCGAAGAGAAUAUUGAUCAUUCUGCUGGUUUGAGUCAUAUGUUUUAUCAAGGUGGUCCGGAAGAAUAUGGUGGUUGUGACGGUAGCGGAAAGUUGAAUGGAUUGUUGAGUUCUACAAGCUCAGAUCAUUUUGAUGUUGGAAUUUGCAUAUUUGAUAAAUUAUGAAGUUGAAAAUGCAUACUCAGAGAUGCAUGCAGCAGGAGAAUAACGAUUUUUAUAAUAUAUACACGUUUAAUACAAUUCAGUUGGAUAAAUUUGUAUGAUCUCGUAUAAUCUUGAGACAUAAUAAUGUGUGUGUAUAUAGAUAGAUAUAUAUGUGUACUUUUGAAGAAAGGUAGACUCGUAUAAGAUUUUAGAUGUUUGUUUUUUGGUAUAUCUAUUAUACUUUGUUAUGUAAUACAUAAAUGACCUUAAUAUUUCUGAAUUAUUUUAGACAAGUUACAACUAUUG